UGAGGUCCUUGUGGCUUUGUUUCCAUGACGACUGGAGUUUUAGCCAAUGAAAACACUGAAUAGUGCCUCAACUAAUGGGUCUUUGCUGCAAGCAGCAUGAUUUCGAAUAGAAACUUUGAAACGUACAGAGAUCAAAAAGUAUAUGCAAAUUUAAUUGGCACUAUGGAUACUUGGGUGAAACUCAAUGCCAGCUCAGCCGGGAAGGAUAAACUUAUCAGAGUGCUGCAGUAUACGCUGAAGGUGGUGAAUCACUACCACCAGCAAAGGCAAACAAAUGCUGGUACACUUCAAUCAUGGAAGCAGCUUGAAGGAUCUCUAAGCUCAUUCAGAAAGCUGCUGCGGAUGGGUAAGAGUGUCGAGGUGCUGCGCGGCACUUCACGCACCAUCCGCCUCUCGGACCCCGUCUACCGGGUGACGCUGACCAUUGGGAGGAUCGCCCAGUCCAUGUUCCUGUUCGCCGACCACCUGCUCUGGCUGUCCCGAGCCGGAGUGAUCAGCAUUGACGUGAAGAAGUGGGAGCAAAUCUUCUAUCGCUGCUGGCUCUACAGCAUCACGAUGAACCUGUGCCGUGACGUGUACGACCUGUGGCGGGCGGCCGAGCUGUACGCCGAACACGGCAUGCCUCCGGCGCCGCGCCGCCGCCUUCUGCCCGAGCUGCGCGCCCGGCCGCUGGCGCUCAUCCUCGACCGGCACAGAGACCUGGCGGUGGACUUUGUCAAGAACGCGUUCGACCUGAUGCUGCCGCUGGCGGCUCUCGGCCACGUGCCGCUGUCGAGCGGCGCCGUGGGCGUCUGCGGCGUCGUCUCCAGCGCGCUGGCGCUCUGGACCGUGGUGGACCCGAGCCUGACGCUGCGGCCGAGCUGAGCGGACCGGCCGAGGGAGAAGGGGAAGAGGGCGUAUCGCGGAGAGUGGCGGAAGGUUCGCCGAGCAGGUCAGUCCAGGGAUGACGGAGGGACUAGAGGGUUCAUAAGUGAGCUUGCGGGGUAGAUAUGGUAGUGGGUCCAACCUGUUCCAGUGUGCUAACGUUUAUAGCUCCCUAGGUUUGAUGGGAUUUAUUUUAGUCAUUUGUUGUUUGAAUCGAAUUAUGAAUGUGCCCCGAGACGCCGCUUACCCUUGCCAGCAGAGUGCAGAGGAGAGGGUCCUUCCGUGAUCCUCGUAUGCAUGUCGAUUAUGUUGUGAUCGAGGGUGGUCUAUUGUUCUGUGCUGGUAGCUGGACAAACAGUCGAACUGUGAAUAGUGCAUCGUUAGCGUUACGGGCAUCGAUAGACCUAAUGCCAGUCAUGUAGCGAUUUGUUUGAAGUCCUUUGAAGAGCUGUGAAUGAAUGUGUGCACAUUUAACGGCCCAUCUUGUAUUCGAGCCGAUCUAUUCAGUGGGAGCCUAGCGUUUAUGAGUCCAUGCGUAUAUUUUGGUACUUGCUAGUUGUUACUUUGUACAGAGUAGGUAUUUGAGUGCUGGGCAUUUAAGGUCAGAUGUUUGCAGCUGUAGACGCCUGGGAAAGGUGAAUGGUGACUUGUCCGCGAUAGCACAAGCAUUGCUAUAGCCGCGUCACUUGGGGAAUGGCGAUUUUUUAGGGUUGUUCGCAAGUGACGACUGCUGUUGAGCAAUUACAAUGUCUUUUGCGACGUAAGUCAUUUCUGCGAUCUUGUAUGCCUAUCAGAACGAUACGGGACUGAUAAGUGAUAUACUGGCGUCAUUUCCGCUUUUAGAGUGGACUAUGAUAAAACAACUGAUUCAUACUUGCAAUACAUAUAUUUUGUCAA